AGUUUCUCUUAGCUAUUUCACAUUAGUAGACUGGAUGGAUUAAUUUUCUGCAGUAUCUGAUGGUUUUUUAAUAGAAAAUUAGAGAAAACUAAAUAGAAAAAUCUUUAAACAAUACUCUAAUGAAUUCUUACGUUUUUGUGUUACAAGUGUAAAAUAAGACAAACAAAAAAUAACAAAAAAAAAAUCAUAGAAAUUAUAAAGCAGUAGUUUGCCAAAAAGAAACCAAAUAUAUUCAAAGUAAAUCAAACACCCCCUCAAAAAACAAGGACAACAUACAAUCCAAUCCUCUAUUACACAAAGCUCAUUAGAAUUUCAAAAAAUCAGGAAAAAUAUAUAAAUUGAAAUAAAAAAAUAAAACAACACCAUUUUAUUAUAAGCCCAGUCAGUGAGCAUUUACAAUAACAACAACAAGCAAACUGAAAGCGCGCAAGCAAACCCUUCCAUGCAAUAUGGCCAAAAUGUAUGGAAAGGGUAAGACUGCCAUAGAAUCCGAGGAGCAACAGAAAUUACGUUUCCAAGUUGAAUUAGAAUUUGUUCAAUGUUUGGCCAAUCCAAAUUAUUUGAAUUUCCUUGCUCAACGUGGCUAUUUUAAAGACCAAGCUUUUAUUAAUUAUCUCAAAUAUUUGCAAUAUUGGAAAGAGCCUGAAUAUGCCAAAUAUUUAAUGUAUCCCAUGUGCCUGUAUUUCCUCGACUUGUUGCAAUAUGAACAUUUUCGUCGGGAAAUUGUCAAUUCACAGUGCUGUAAGUUCAUCGAUGAUCAGGCCAUUCUACAGUGGCAACAUUAUACAAGGAAACGUAUUAAAAUGUUUAACUCCGUUAAUGGUAAUACUCAAAAUCAACUUAAUGCCGCGCCAAAUUCGGAUAACAUGGCUGAGGCGCAACAACCUCAAAUGGGAGCUCAGCAACCACAACAGCAGCAACAGGGACAAACAAAUAUUGCAGCCUGUAAUAUGCAAAAUGGUUCAAUGGUCAACACAGGCAAUACUCAACAACAAACUCAACUUGCUGGCCAACAACAGACCCAACAGCUGAAUGGCAAUUCAGCGGCGAAUGUUAAUCAAAGUAAUGCUGGAGGUGCUCCUUUAAUGCAAAAAAUGUAAUGGAAU